UCCCUGCCCCGAGCCGCUGUCCAGCACGCACGGCCCAGAUGGAGGCUCCAGCGGACAGGCCCACGGGCGGCCUCAGAAGGAGGCUGGGGCGGCCUGUGAGGGGCAGGGCCCACCCCGGCCGAGGAGGCAGCGGCGGUGACCAUGGCCCGGCCGGGGGCCGAGGCAGCACCAGAGCCCAGCGUAGGGGAGGCUCGGGGGGCCCCCGCCACCCAGAAGAGCAGCUGCCACCAGUGUCUGGGGCAUGACGGAGCCCCCUUCUCCCGGCCACCCUGAGGAGAAGGCCGUCCCCCCUGGAGACUCCGGCCAUGCGGGGCUGCAGGGAGCUGCCUCUGCUGUGGGUCCUGGUGCUGGCAGCGGGCGCCACGGAGCGCGUCUACAGACCCGGCCGCAGAGUGUGCGCCGUGGGGGCUCCCCGGGGCCCUGUGUCCGAGUCCUUUGUGCAGCGUGUGUACCAGCCGUUCCUCACCACCUGCGACGGGCCCCGGGUCUGCAGCACGUACCGGACCAUCUACAGGACGGCCUACCGCCGCAGCCCGGGGCCCGCCCCCACCAGGCCGCGCUACGCCUGCUGCCCUGGCUGGAAGCGGACCAGCGGGCUCCCAGAGGCCUGUGGAGCAGCCAUAUGCCAGCCACCGUGCCAAAACGGCGGGAGCUGUGUCCAGCCAGGCCACUGCCGCUGCCCGGCAGGAUGGCAGGGAGACACCUGCCAGACAGACGUGGACGAAUGCAGUGCGGGAGGGGGCGGCUGUCUGCACCGCUGUGUCAACACUGUGGGUAGCUACUGGUGCCAGUGCCGGGAGGGGCACAGCCCGUCUGCCGGCGGGGCGCCAAGCCCGCCCAGGAGAGGGGCCCCCAGGGUGGCCCCGAACCCCACCCGAGAAGCUGCAGCUGGUGCUGGCCCCCCUGCACAGCCUGGCCUCGCGGGCGCUGGAGCAGGGGCUCCCCGACCCCAGCAGCCUCCUGGCCCACUCCCUCCAGCAGCUGGACCGCAUCGACUCUCUGAGCGAGCAGAUCUCUUUCUUGGAGGAGCAGCUGGGGUCCUGUUCCUGCAAGAAGGAGCUGUGACCGGCCUGUGCCCCCCCACGCCUCGGGCAGGGCAGGAGGGUGCUCCGCCUCUGCUCACGGAAGAAGCAGGGCCGGGCAGGCUGAGGGGCUGUCCCGUGCGGACCGGCCCCUGCACCUCGGCAGCUCCUGGGGCCUGGCAGGCCCGGGGCCGAGGGGCGGGACGACAGCUCCCUGCCCAGAGCCUGGGGCCCCUGACUGGGCGGCGCGCUGGCGGGGGCAGCCCCCUCUCUGAUCUUUGUCAGAAUAAAAUGAGACUUGAAGAGCUGCCGUGUCCGUGGGUGGAUUGCGGGGGGCACUCGGGAGCUGGCAGGGGCCUCCCCCAGGCCCCCAGCACACGCUGACUGGUGGGAGACAGGAGCAGCAUGGGGCAGGGAGAGGCCUCCGGCCCACUGGGUGCUCCCAGGUAGGGCCUUGGUCCCCCUCCAAACAGCUGGAACAGGUGGCUUCUGGGAAAGUGACGCCGACCAGA